AGGUAAUUACGGAACUCUGAAGACUCGGGAUAGACUAGGAGCCAGAGUGGGGGCGGCGGGUUGCUAGGUCGCGUGGAGAGGGCAGGGACUUGCGAGUGGGCGCUUGCCCGGUGGGCCUUGCUUUCCUCAUGUGGCUGCGCCGUCUCCACCGGCGGCCCGCGAGGUGCCGUGUGAGCCGGCUGGGCCUAGCGCCGGCGGCGGGGCGUGCGUGUCUGGGCCUUGGUCUGGGUUGUCGGUGAACACCUCUCCUGGGAGCACCCUGGGUCGCGUCCCCAGUCGGCGUCCCGGGGCUGGCAUUAAUAAAUUCUGGUAACGCGUUUGCCUCAUUCCAGCUUAUCCCAGUAGCCAAUUCUAUUACAUUUUCAUUUAUGGAUCGUUUUCAUUGACUUGACUGAACCCCUGUCAUGUUUAGCCCUAGUGAUCCAUGUUUCGCAUCUUCUGUGUUUAGGUCGCAUACGUAGUUAACCUUAACUCUAAAAGCCUCUACUAUUUGCAACUUCCAAACAUGGGUUUGCAGUUCCUGCCCCUAGCGAGCUGCAGGCCCUACAGUACAAACAGCACUGUGCCAGCUGUUUGACCUGCUCUAAAUGCAAGACUUUUUUGAUACAUUGUAGCCACUUAACUCGCCCCCCCGCCCCCCGGAAGAAUAAUUUGGGGAAAGGUAUUAAUAGAAACAGUAACUGAGCCCCGGCAAGCCGUUGGUGAGUUUGCCCAGUGGUUAAAAGCACUCUUUCAGAGGGAUCUAGGUUCGAUCCAAGCACCCACAAGAUGGAUCACAACAAAUUAUAAUAUCAGAUUCAGGGGACUGGAUACCUGCUUGCUGAUAGCCACUUGCACCAGCAACUUGAACUGUCCCUAUAUGUAUAUGAAGGCAAAAAAGAUCCAUACAUGUGAAAAUGAGCUACCUUUUCUGUUAAUUGUGCUCUGUAUUUAAACUGCCUUUUGUUUAUUUAUUUUUCCUGUUCUCUGUGUAGUCUUGACUGUCUUGGAACUCACUCCUUAGAGCAGGCUGACCUCAAAUUUAAAGAGUUCUGCCUGCCUCUGCUUUCUGAGUGCUGGGAUUAAAGGUGUGGGCUAGCCGGGUUUAGACUGGUUAUUUUAGUUGAGUCCUACCUUGUUCAUGACUGGCCCAGUCAGACUCAGUCUGGAAAUAGACCAGUUCCAGAAAGAAGUGAUUAUCGGUAAUACAGCAGAUUGGAACUAAUGUCUUUGAGGGUUUUUCUGUCAGAUUUCCCUUGUUUUCUCUGUAAGUCUGAAAUUACUGCAGGAACUCUAGCCAGCUUGAAUGUGGUGGACAAGGCUCUCCUUCCCAAGUCCCCGUGUCUUGUUAAAAACCGUUAGAUCACAUUCCUCAAGCUAGCCCCCAAGAUCUGUUCCCUGAUCUAACCUGCAGAGAUCCAGCUAUCAAAGCAUUGAAGUCCAACAAUCCAAAACCUCUCUGGGGUCAACUAAUUGACAUGCCCAAUUUAAAUUAAAUACCUCAGCCUAACCCCUCUACCCGCUACGCUAAUAUUUUCCUAUAUGUAUGUCUUCUCUCUAUCCAGAGACAGUCCUUUGUUCCCUUGGGACAAAUACCCCUUUACCCUCUCCCUUGUUCCCUUCCCCUUCUCCCUCAUCCUAGUGUCCUGUCUUUGUCUCCUGUUUCUUGCCCUUUGUCCUUCUGGGGCAAAUAAGUCUCCUUUGUGCAGAGAACACGCUCUUGGAGUGUCUUGAGCCAACUUUGAGGUUCCCUACAAUUACGAGCAAGGGAGGCCGAUGGAGCACUAAGGAUUUCAGAAAACUCUCAGGCUUGUUAACACUUUUUCUUACACCUCCCAAGUAAACAUGGGAGAAGACAGUUGAAUGCUUACCUCAGCACAAACUUUGAAGACAUUUUUUAAAAUGUUUUUUUUAAAAAGAUAGCACACAUGGGCAGGGGAGUGGAUUCAAACAAGCCUUUGCCUAUCGUGCCAUGUUAGUAAAUGCCAGUGAACAGAAAGGAAAGAAAGUGUGGGGCAUCCUUUUUUAGGAAAAGCUUCAAUGAUUAAAGAAUUGAUAACUUAGUAAGCGAGACCCAGAAUUAACUGUUUUUAAUCUAUCUUUGAGCCUAACUCAGUAGUGGCUUAAGCCAGGCAAAGUUCAAUACUUCCUCCUUGAAAAUUUAUCCUGUGGGUGCUCUGAAUCACUUUACAAGGGGAGGCUCUUUCUAGAUCAGAGCUUCUGUGAUGGGUGGUCGAGCUUGGUGUCUAGAGGCUACAUGGUAAUAUUUCCUUUACACCAGAAUAUGCUCAGAAGAAAAAAGUAUACAAACAUAACUUCUAAUGAUAUGAAAGGUCAUUUCUAACCAAUCUGUGCAAGUUAGCAGAUUUUGUUGACAAAGCUGGGGACCAGAUUUGACUUGUGGAGUGCAGACACAAAGUAUGAAGUGAAGAUGAAGGCCUAUGCUACAUUCGGGUCCAGUUACCUCUUGGGCACACAGCAUCUACUAGUGCUGCCUUGAUGCAGAUAAUGACAGACAGCUUGGUGGCCCCAAGAAUAAGGGGUAGAGGAAUAUUCUUUAUGUGAUGUCAAAAUAACUUGACUCCUCUUCGGAUCUAAGAUAAUCUAAAGUUACCUUCCUGUAGUGGCUAUUCCUGGUUGUCAACUUGACAAUAUUUGGAAUGAACUACAAUCCGGAAUUGGAAGGCUCACCAGUGACCCUUAUCUGGAGGCUUGGAGAUCCUUAUCUGGAUCUUGGUUUGAAGAUCUUGAGCCAUAGUGGCUAUGGAUUCCAGAAGAUUGAAUCUCCGAGUUAAGGAACACACCUUUAAUCUGGGCUAUGCCUUUCAUCUGGGAUUAAAGGUGUGGUGGAACACACCUUUAGGAUUAAAGGUGUGGUGGAACACACCUUUAAUCUGGGCUACACCUUUUGCUGGAGACAAUAUAAGGACAUUGGAAGAAGGGAGUCUAGCUCUUGCUCUUGCUCCUUCGCCUGCUUGCUGCGUGAGACUGAGUAACUGCUAGAUCCUUGGACUUCCAUUCACAGCUGCGACUGAACCAUUGUUGGGAAUUGGGCUGCCGACUGCAAUAUCCUGAGCUAUCUGCAUAGAUCCCUCUUGUGUGGGAGCACCGGGAUUGAAUUCAGGUGACGUGUAGAGACAGAAAAAGAAAACUGUCGAGGAACUCAAACCACUGAGCACGUGUCACUUGAAUGAACCUGAAGAAUCUGGGGCAGCUGACAGCAGAAAAUGAAAAGUAGUGUGGCACACAUGAAGUCCUCUGGUCACAACAGAAGGGAGACCCACAGUUCAUACCGCCGGAGCUCCUCCCCAGAAGACAGAUACACAGAGCAAGAGCGGUCCCCCCGGGAUAGAGGUUACUCUGAUUACAGCCGGUCAGACUAUGAGCGAUCUAGAAGAGGAUACUCUUACGAUGACAGCAUGGAAUCACGAAGUAGGGACCGAGAAAAACGCAGAGAGAGAGAGAGAGAUGCAGAUCAUCGGAAACGGUCCCGGAAAUCGCCAUCCCCUGACAGGAGUCCAGCCCGAGGCGGAGGGCAGAGUUCUCCUCAGGAGGAACCGACAUGGAAGAAGAAGAAGGAUGAGCUGGACCCGCUGCUCACCCGCACUGGGGGAGCGUAUAUCCCUCCUGCGAAGCUCAGGAUGAUGCAGGAGCAGAUCACAGAUAAAAGCAGCUUAGCAUAUCAGAGGAUGAGCUGGGAGGCUCUGAAGAAAUCCAUCAAUGGUCUCAUCAACAAGGUCAACAUCUCUAAUAUAAGCAUUAUUAUCCAAGAGCUCCUUCAAGAGAACAUUGUCAGAGGGAGAGGAUUGCUGUCCAGAUCUGUUCUGCAAGCCCAGAGUGCGUCUCCAAUCUUCACUCACGUUUAUGCAGCUUUGGUGGCAAUAAUCAACUCAAAAUUCCCACAGAUUGGAGAAUUGAUCCUCAAGAGACUAAUUCUUAAUUUUCGGAAAGGCUAUCGAAGGAACGAUAAGCAACUUUGCCUGACUGCUUCAAAAUUUGUGGCACAUCUUAUUAACCAAAAUGUGGCACAUGAGGUUCUGUGCCUGGAGAUGCUCACUUUGCUACUAGAGAGACCAACAGAUGACAGUGUUGAAGUAGCUAUCGGCUUCCUCAAAGAGUGUGGUCUCAAAUUAACCCAGGUGUCACCAAGGGGAAUUAAUGCAAUCUUUGAACGCCUUCGAAACAUUCUACACGAGUCUGAGAUCGACAAAAGAGUUCAGUACAUGAUUGAAGUGAUGUUUGCUGUACGGAAGGAUGGAUUCAAGGACCACCCUGUUAUUCUGGAAGGACUUGAUUUAGUGGAAGAGGACGAUCAGUUUACACAUAUGCUCCCCUUAGAGGAUGACUACAAUCCAGAAGAUGUUCUUAAUGUUUUCAAGAUGGAUCCUAAUUUUAUGGAGAAUGAAGAGAAGUACAAGGCUAUUAAAAAAGAAAUCCUUGACGAAGGAGACAGUGAUUCAAACACAGACCAAGGAGCUGGAAGUAGUGAAGAUGAGGAGGAGGAAGACGAGGAGGAGGAAGGAGAAGACGAGGAAGGAGGGCAAAAAGUAACUAUUCAUGACAAAACAGAAAUCAACCUAGUCUCGUUUCGCCGUACAAUCUAUCUUGCCAUUCAGUCAAGUUUAGAUUUUGAAGAAUGUGCACACAAGUUGCUGAAAAUGGAGUUUGCAGAGAGCCAAACAAAAGAACUCUGCAACAUGAUACUUGAUUGCUGUGCCCAACAAAGGACCUAUGAAAAAUUUUUUGGCUUGUUAGCUGGGCGGUUUUGUAUGCUGAAAAAGGAAUACAUGGAAUCAUUUGAAAGUAUAUUCAAGGAACAGUACGACACCAUCCAUCGCUUAGAGACAAACAAAUUGAGAAAUGUUGCUAAAAUGUUUGCUCACCUUUUAUACACAGAUUCACUUCCGUGGAGUGUUCUCGAAUGUAUAAAACUGAGUGAAGAGACCACGACAUCGUCUAGUCGAAUUUUUGUCAAGAUCUUCUUCCAGGAACUGUGUGAAUACAUGGGUCUUCCUAAACUGAAUGCGAGGUUGAAGGAUGAAACUCUCCAGCCAUUCUUUGAAGGUCUGUUACCCAGAGACAACCCACGCAAUACCCGGUUUGCCAUCAACUUCUUCACUUCCAUAGGUCUCGGAGGAUUGACGGAUGAACUGCGAGAACAUCUGAAAAAUACGCCCAAGGUCAUCGUAGCCCAGAAACCAGAAGCUGAACAAAAGAAACCAGCCCUGACAUCUUCAUCUUCAGAGUCUUCCUCGGCGUCUGAUUCCUCUGACUCAGAAUCUGACAGCAGCGAGAGCAGCUCAGAGUCCUCUAGUGAUGCGAGCGACUCCUCCUCCUCCUCCAGCACUCAGAGCUCUACCUCAGGUAUCACGGCUCAUUCAGCUAAAGGUACAAGAAAGAAGAGACAAGGGAAGGCCAGAGGCGAAGAAGUUGAUAAGUUAGCCAGGGGCCACCAGGCACUUGAGCGGAGGCGAGAAGGAGGCAGGGAGGACCAAAGGCACCAGGAAGGGAGGACUGAGAGAGCAAGGUCUGAAAGACGCAGAGCUCAGAACUCACGAGAUGCAGACUGGAGAGAUCCCCUAGCAAAGCACAUAGACGACAGAAGCCAUGAGAAUAGUCACAGCAGAGUUGGCAAUGGCCGAGAACAAGGCUCACACAGAGAGCCAGAAGACAGGCAUGGCGAGCCAAAGAAGCGGAGAGAGAGAAGAGAUUCUUUUUCUGAAAAUGAGAAGCAAAGAAGCCGAAAUCAGGACAGUGAUAAUGUUAGAAGAAAAGAUCGCUCCAAGUCAAGGGAGAGGAGUAGAAGGCAUUCUGGUCACAAGGGAGACGACGCCAGGUGUCAGAACAGUGCAGAGAGGCGCUGGGAAAAGCCUGGCAGACGCCCUGAACAGUCUAGAGAGUCAAAGAGAAGUCAGGACCGGAGGAGAGAAAAGUCUCCAACAACACAGAAAUAAUCCUAAUGACAACUGAACAUGCCUUACACUUAAUUUAGUUCAGUGUCUUUUUUACAUUGAUGAAUUUUAUAGAGAACUCUUGUAUAAAGUACCUGUUUGUAAAUUUUGAAGAUGUUUUCUUUUUGACAUGUUUUAUAAUUGAUAUAUCUCAAGGUUCUUUGUGUAAAAUCAUAAAGAAAAGGGAUUCAACAAAAGGGUAAGUCUUAUGUUUUGUGAAUAAAAGGAACAAAUGUU